CGAGACGUUCGAAGCUCAUACUCGGUUAUUUAUGUACAUUUUUAUUCCCGCUCCUAUUUCGGGUUGGGUUCAUCAUCCACCGUCCCUUAUUUAUCAUCGGACGUUUUAACGUAGCGCGAUCCCGAUGACGAUGAUAAUAAUAUUAUACACGAUAUAAUAAAUUCAAUGAAAACAAUUAUUGUCGCAUUGGCGUUUGAUUGAAUCAAUAUAGAUUAGCACAUGAAAGGGAAGUUCUCUUGAAAUUCUGGAUCUCACCCCAAAGUUUAUCUCUUGGAUCUACGAUCUCGGCGACACACGCGUUAUUAUUAUAUACUAUACAUAUAUAUAUAUAUACGGAGGUACAGGACGUACGGGGGCACUUGCCAGCUCCCAUGAUGCCCCGGGGGCAGGGUUGACUAACUAAAUACCGAGUUGUUCCCGAACCGAAACCCAAACCCGGAGCUAAACCUCAACCGAAACCACCCCUACGACCAAAUCCAAGCUUAAAUCUAGAUGCGAAUCCUCCUACGAUUCUAACGCUACCGUGCUUGAGCUCUCCGUUAACGGGCAUCCGCGCGCAGUCGAGUCAACUGUCUAAACACUGGAAAUUCGGCAUAAACGCGACACUCGGAAUAAUUAUCGCUUUGUAAAUGGCCCGACUUCGGAGGUGGGGUGGAAUAUGAAAAAAUAGAAAAAAAAAAGAAAGAAAGAAAGAAAAACCGAAUAAAUAAACAUCACGCCGCACGCGCUCGAGUAUCGAAUAUUUUUCGCAUCGUUCGCAACUUCGGACCGUACCGCUAUAGUUUUUUCGUGAAAAACGCGUUCAACUUUCGACGGGGACGUCAAUUUUCGUUAUUAAUUUUUUUCGCCCGUGUAAAGAAAAGAAAAAGUAACAAAAUAAAAUAAAAUAAAAUAAAAUAAAAAUAAAAAAAACACCGAACAAAAUGCCCGACGAAAUGAUAAGGAAAAAAAUUAUCAGUUGGAUAUUUUGAAAAGUCGUUUGUCCGGUCGGUUCCGUCUCUUUUUUUCAUUCGCUUAUCGGUUAGGGUUUUUUUUUUUUUUUUUUUUCUUCCUAUUUUCGGACAAAAUGUUCUACAGAAGACAAGACUAUUUUUACAGACUGACGAAAUCUUUCCCGUUGCUCAGAUACAUUGAUCUCUACGAUCCCCAGUCAUUCAUUCGCGAAAAUGUUUUGGACAAUCUGGUCGUCUGCAUGCUCGUUUAUUGCCUGUUUUAUAUCGGGAUCUGGUACGCGGACAGGGUUAUCAAACGGAUCGUAAAAAUCAACGAACAAAUGUGUUCCGCCGUGGCGGACAAUAAAGCUAAACUAGAGGACUUGAUUACACUCAAGAAAAAACGUGUCGAGUACGAGGAAGUCGUUAUAAAAACUAAAGGAAUCCAACGUCAGACGGAAAAAUAUUUAGUGAACGAAUUGGAUAAAUUAGGGAUAGCGUUGACGACUACCGAGAAAAAAAUCGGCGAGCUUGAGAAGGUAUUCAAAAAUUGCAAAUCCGGUUCACUCGUCGUCCCCCCAGCUAAUUCCGCCCCCGACGGAGGCGAAUUAUUUAUCGAAGGUGGUGAAAUGCGGACGGAAGAAAAGCCGGAAGACGUUAAGAUCCUGGAGCCUUCGUUCCCACCGCCGUUGCCGCCGGAACCUCCGCCACGGAAGUACGGAACCUUCGCCGCCAGGCCACCCGGACAUCGAGUCACACCGAGAUCUCCACUUCCGCCUCCCCCCGCCCCUCCAAAAAUCGGAUUCAAGUUAUCAAGCGUCGGCUGACUGCAGCGAAAUUUCCGACCACCUCGCCGUCAACGAUAUCAAAAUUUCAAACGGUCUCCGGGAUCGGAUCAACCAUCGGCGUAAAUUUAACGAUUUUCAAAAUCUUUCCGCGUUCACAAAAGCUCUAUUGAACAUCGCGCCGAUUUUUCUCACGGAAGAUUAGUGGCGAGAUAUUUCUAGGAAUCGAACGAUUCUUUCUUCUUCUUCUUUCACCUCGCAGUAAUUUCGAAAAUAAAAAUUAUCGAUAAAAUUUCA